ACGGAAAAAUCAUUGACCGUCAAUUUUGACGGUCAAUUUAAAACCCAUGCCAAAUUUGUCCAAUACUUUGGAAAGUAGGUCACAACUGUCUUAUUUGAAAAAUUGGGCCAAAACUGACAUAUACGCCAAACUUCGGGCCAAACUAGGGUAUUAACCCAAAAUAAUAAAUGGCAUGUUUGAUAAAACGUCAUAGUAUAGGGGCAUAUUAUACCUAUAACCCAAUAUUAAUAUACCAGCAAAAUUUGCUGUCAGAGUACAAUCUCAUCUCUAAUUACAGUAUUUUUGAACUUACCACCUCUGGAAGUUAACCAGAUCCUCCAUGAUAAUAUAACUAUGGGUGUCGAUUUUGAAUGUCGUGUGAACUCCCGUUCUUCCUCUUAUCUCUCUCCACCAUACUUCCAUGUAACUCCCCCUCUCCUUAUUUGAGAGAAAAAAAAAAGCUUAAUGUUUUUCCCCCACAAACACGGUGCAAAACGUUAAUCAACCGUCUGGUUUUCUUCUCUGUAAACAUGUAUGACUCUAAUUUUAGUAGUAGUGACUUUGAUGGAAAUGACAAAAUAUCUGUGUAUUCAAUUUUAGGGAUUCCCUGGCAUUUGGUAGCAGCAGAUCGUCAGCCCCUAGAUCUUGGCCUUGGGCACCUAUUUUUGAGGGAUUCAAUUAAAAGAAUGUAUAUUUUCUGCCUCUGGAUAAAAAAAAAAAAGUUUUUUUCUAAAAUAAUUAUUUUAUUUCUGGAAAAAAAUUCUUUGAGCUCUCAAUCGUUUAGGGUUUACCUUCACCUGUUUAUUCUUCUAAAAUCUCAAAGGGUUCAUCUGCUGAGCUUUGGUAUCUUCUUCUAGGUCUCAACAACAGCCACCAAGUCCCCUGUUCUUGCUUUGAUUGAGGUAAAUAUUUGCACCUCUUCUUGUGCUGCUGCUUCUUGGAAUCCUCAGAACAGAAAAUGCAUUUCAAUGCACUAGGGCAAUUUUUUUCUUUCUUUUUCUUGAUAAAAUAGUUUGGAAAAUGUCAUUUUUGGGUAUUUAUUAAACACCAUAUUGGUUUCUCAAAAGCUUCAUUUUGAGCGUACAUAGAUUCAAAUAUUCUAUAACAAAUUUCUUAGAGCCUAUUAUUUUUGUAGUUGAUAUUUCUGUGUUACGCUCUUAGUAGUCAAAGAAAUAAUUGCUACAUGCACGUCUUACUCUUUUAAUUCAUUGAUAAUCUAUGAAAAUAUUUGAUGAAUUUCUCUCGUAUCGAAAAAUCGAACGAGCUAAAUUCAAUGCCAGCUCUCUUGUCUGGUAUGUUUUACACACAAUUUGUGUUAUGUUGAAUAAAAAAAAUACGAAAAUUUCACCAUUUCUCGUAAGAGUAUGGUCUGAUCGGAGUUUUCGACUAAAGGUUCCUCGUCGUAGAAGUGGGAAAGGAAAACCUUAAAACCUUCAUCAUGGAACCAAAUUAGUUUCAGGAUUUAAGAUCAAACCUGGCCAGAUUGGCCUUCCUAGACCAAGCCAAUUGAAUUUGGUUUUGGUUACAGAAUCCUCGUAAAUCUACAAAGACUCAUUGGCUAAAUAACAAUCAAACGACAGAUUAGUCCUUUCUUUGCAGAGAACAUGCAGUAGAUUGUGAUAAACUUGACUCAUGCCACUUAUUGACAAUCAUUAACUUAAAAUAAUGAUGCAAAAUGGACAGGAGUAACAACACCAAGGCUUAGAUGCAGAGUGCCUCUCGAAGAUAUCAAUCCUGAGAGGCCAGACUUUUGCAGAAGAAACUGGGUAGGAACAUAGUGACUCUCCUAUGAAACCUGAGGCUGUAAUAACUCGGAGUUGUGUUGAAUCGCGGUUCAAGUUUGAGUUCGGUGUUGCUUUUCUGCUGUUGAAUGCCAUUGUCUGUCUAUGAAGACAAUGCUUUGUUCAGCAGAGGAUUACGCACAGAGAAAAAUGUUACAGAGUUGUUCACUCAGAUAAGAUAUCAAUGGAUUAUCUGUACCUGGUUUCCACACCAUCUGUCAAUGUGUUUGGUGCUGCCACAACGACAACUCAAUCCAUCACUUCUUCAUGUACAGCAAAAACUACGGUCCUCGGUGCUGCUAGAGUGCAGCAUGAGGGUCGAAAUCAGGAUGCAGCUGAGGAUAAUGGUUCUGGUGGCUUGAUUGAUCAGAAGGGAUGCAAGGAGAUGAGUCCAUCAGGGAAUAAGGUCGGGAGGAAGAGUUUGAAGAGGAAAACAAGAAGGAAGGUGAAACGGAACUUGCAGAGUCGUCAUGUGUCAUCACCCUAUGAUACGUCUGCCGGCUCGAGUGUCCUAGAAGUACAGUUGGAAGAGUCAUGUGGAAGGUUGGCUGCUGAAAUAUCACUCGCAGAAUGCAACAUCAACAGCAAAACUGAAGGAGGUGACAUCAUGAUCAAGGCAGUCAGCUUCCGUAAACCUCAAAAGAAAAGUAGAGGCCAGCUUACUGCCGCUCUGCCUUCUGCAUCAAAGAAGGGUGUGUCUGCCAUGACAAAAGCUGGAAGCACUGUGGCACUGAGUUUGCGUCAUCAAACAGGAAAGGAAAACAGCUACUCCGUGUGGCAGAAGGUUCAAAGGAAUGAAUUGGGUGAUUCUGAUGCAGAAAAGAUUGGUCUUGCGUUGAAAGAGGAUGCUUCAUUUAAAAGGAACUAUGUUGAUGUGUCUAAAGUAAGCACACCAUCCAGAUUAGAAGAUAGAAGGCAGGCAAAACACAAGGCUCCCAAGAAGUUGAAAAGGAGAAUUCUGCACUUGAAACGAGAUAUAUGCAGCAACUGCCGUGGCUUGAGAGUCUCAUGCCCCCACAAGUUUGGUCUCAAUGGUCAAAACAUGGCAAAAUGUGUUCCGAGGCUGUCUUAUAAGAACGGGUACCCCAAGUCUGGGUUCCAGGCCCUCGGACUUGAGUAUGUCAAUUCUGAACCAACAGAUCAUGCCCCACAAGUUGCAAGAGAUGACGCAUCGGAUCUUGCUAAAACUGGCAACGAUCCCGAGUAUAGUAUGACAGAGAACUUCACUGAGAGUCAGGAUGCAUCAUUGUUGGAGUUGUGCAACUCCUUGAAUGAAAAUGAACUUCAGGUGGAAGAGCACCCAGUUUCCAUACCUCAAGCUUCGCCCAGCAAUAAGGUUAACCAAACAACCAAAGAAGUUGAAACUGCAGACUUCAACAAGCAGAGCCAUAACUCCUCUGGCUCUAUUCUGCAGAAGUGGAUACCCGUUGGGGUAAGGGAACCAGAGUGCACCUCUUCUCAUGGAUUGGAGAAGACGACAGUUGCCACUGAUUACCCAGAUCAAGUUUCUGACGAUGAUGACAUUUCUAAUAGAGAGGAAUGUGAUCAAAAGAUGGGCAAUUCAGAUGAUUCUAGAUCAGAGCAAGUUAAUCAGGGUGUAGCUAAUACAUGCGUAGUCAUCUCAUCCCGUCUUCAGGAGCUGACUACUUCUGAAGUUGUGGGUUUGGAGGGGAUACUGAAAGCGGUACAUGAUACAUUUGAGAUGCAACUGGCAUCUGAAGCAAUAGAGGUUGCCACAGGAUGUCCAAUAGCAGAGUUUGAAAGACUUCUUCAUUCAUCUUCUCCAAGCUGCCAAACCCGGUCACUCGACCAAGUUUGUCAUACUCCACUUGACAGUGACGAGACACCUAACAUUUCGCUCCAAUCUUUAUGGCAGUGGUACGAGAGGCAUGGGAUAUAUGGCUUAGAAGUCAGAGCAGAAGAGCAUCGCAACUCGAAUAGAUUAGGGAUUGAUAAACUUUCAUUCAGUGCUUACUUUGUCCCCUUUCUAUCAGCGGUUCAGUUGUUCAGGAAGAGCGAGGGGAAAGCUGAUACACAGAACAAUGACUCACUCCAUCUUGUUUCUAAAACUUCAACUGGGCAUAAGGCAUGUAGAAAUGAUGCAGAGCUCCUGUUCGAGUACUUCGAGUCAGAAAGGCCUCAACUAAGGCAGCCACUAUAUGAGAAGAUACAUGAACUCGCCAGAGGUGAUGACCUUGCAGGGCACAAAAUGUUCGGGAACCCAUCUAUUUUGGUCUCUAUGAAUCUACCAGAGCUACACAAAAAAUCCUGGUUUUCGGUGGCAUGGUACCCAAUAUACAAGAUACCAGACGGAAGCUUACGAUCUGCAUUCUUGACAUACCACUCAUUCGGACAUUUGGUAGAAAGAAGAUCCAAAUUUGGUUCUCCAACCAUGGUUUGCCCAGUUGUGGGUCUCCAGAGUUAUAAUGCUCAGGAAGAAUGUUGGUUUCAACCACGGCACAGUGCCAUGGAUUUCCAGGUGACAGAAGAAGGGAUGUUGGAACCUAGUCAAGUCCUGAAAGAGAGGUUGAGAACACUUCAAGAGACAGCAAGUUGCAUGGCUAGAGCCUCAGUAAACAAAGGUGAUGAGAACUUAGUGAAGAAUUGGCAUCCUGACUACGAGUUCUUCCACUCCAGGCAAUUCUACUAGAGGAGUUUGUGUUGAUGCAAGUGUUCCAAAUACUACUUUUGUGUGUGUUAAAUAGUUUAGAGCUCAGGAAAGAGGCAAAUAGAGCCUCUCCUUUCUUAAAAUUUGAAUUUCUUUUUUCUUCAUUUUGCUUUAUUUAGGUUAACACUAGUUAACAUGCACAAAUAUUCGACUAUCAUUUUUUUGUAAUUAUGAUUGUCAAAAGCUUGUUAGAUUCAUAAAUGUUAAUAUGUCACUACUCACUAGUAAGGUAAUCAAUUGACGUUAAAUUA